AUGACGCGCGCGCAGCAGACUAUUUCCCUCGCUCUUCUCGUGAGCUCUUUCUACCUCUCCCUCUACCUCGGCCUAGUCCCUCUCCCCGCCGCCGUCCAAGAAGCCAUCGUCCCCGUGCUUCCCUUCUGGUUCCUCGUCUCCUUCGGCGCCUGGCUGCUCUUCCGUCUUGGCUGGGGCAUGCUGACGUUCCGCGACACGCCCGAUGCGCACGCCGAGUUGAUGGAGGAGAUUAAGUUGGCUAAGGCGGAUUUGCGGACUAAGGGGGUGGAUGUUGACUGA